CAAACGAAUAUAAUUUAUUCGUUUUUUUUCAUUUUUGAAAACAAAAACGACAUUCAGUAAAAAAAAAUAAUUUAAAUAUUAAAACAUUAUGUCAUUAUUAGAGGAAUCAUCAUCAACAACAACAAAAUCGGCUAAUAGUAAUAAUCAAGAUGAUAAAAGUGAAAAAUCAGAAUCCAUUUCGAUUGUAAAACCAAAGGAUACGAUUGAUGAAAAUGAUCUAAUCGAAUUGGAAUCCCAAUCAACUGCAAACAUUUGCGCGGAUGAAACCAAUCUUGAACAACAAGGUUAUCGAUUUUAUCGACAAAAACCUGUAUCGCUUAGUCCGUUUUGUUUAUAUCGUGCAGAAAUUCCAUCAUCAUUAAAUCAACAAAAUCAAUCGAUUGUAUGUAAAAUUAUUUCAUUGGAUACUGAUUUUAUACGUACAAGAGAAAAGGAAAAUUUUCUGGCCAAUUCAAUUCGUAUCAUACGAUUUGUUUGCGGUUAUAAUCGUUCAGAAGCUCGUCAUAAAAUGUUCAUUCAUGUUUAUGAAAUAUUUAAGAUUGAUACAAAGAUUUAUAUUUUUAUGGAAGAACGUACAGCAAGCCAUACAAUACUUCAUAUGAUUAAACAUCAUACAAAAUUUACACAAAGUGAAGGUCGAAAAUGGAUCCAAUUGAUCUGUGAUGCCAUAAGAUUUUUACAUCUUCAUGGUAUUGCACAUCGUUCUAUCAAAUUGGAAAUGAUUUUGAUCCCAACCACUAAUAGUCAAGAACCAAAAUUAUUCGGUUUAAAUCGCUCGGUUUUCUAUAUUGAUCGAAUAAAUUCGAAUCAGAUUAUCCAACAAAAACGUGAAAUACGAUCGUUCAAUAAUUAUCAUCUACCUCCAGAAUCAUUCCGCGAUACAUAUUAUAAUCCAGCAUUAGCCGAUAUAUGGUCGAUUGGGGUUUUACUUGUAGCCAUUCAUACAAAACGUUAUGUAUUUAAUGUCAAAUCCAAGAUUGAUUUUAAUCAGCAAUGGAAAAAAUUUGUGAAAAAACAUAAAAUCAAUCCAAUCAUAGCAAAUCUAUUGGAUGGUAUUUUCCUCAACAAUCCUUGCGAACGAUCAACAUUAAAAUCUAUUAUGGAACAUGAAUAUUUUCAUGUUCCGGAAGAUCGUAUUGAAGCUGUAGUGGAUCAAAACGUCAGCAAUGAAAAACGUUCAUUAAAUAGUGUUAAUGAUAAUACUAAUAAUCCCAAAAGUAUGGAAAUGAAACAAUCGAUUGAAUUUUCCAAAUCAAAAUUGCAUCAACAACGAUCAGCUAAUGAAAGUAAUACAGAUACAAGUCUUAAAAGUCAAAUCAUUAAUUUGGAUAAAGAUGAUGCGAAAAGAUGAUGAUGAUUAUUCUUAGA